AUGGCCGACCCCGUGUGGUUUACCGAGCAUUUCCGAAUCUUGCAUGUCGUGCUGGUUACUGACUCCUGCCUGCUUUCUAGACCUUGGCUCCCGCCUGACCCUCGCACACCCCCCGGACGCCGCCCCAUAUUUCCACCCUGGACCAACCCGACCACGCUUACCUGCCUGAUCCCACGGAGUCAGGGAUAUGAAAGUGCAUACCAACAGUUUAUUGGGUGCGCAUUCCACAGUCAUUGACAGGUUGGACACUUCUGGCGCUAUGGCUACAACAGCAAAGAUAUCAUGCACAUAGACUUGGAAAAGGAAACCAUGGUUUCCACUAGUGAUGUGGGCCAUUUCCUAGCAGAGGAGAGGAAGAGUGUGGAAUACAUCCGAUCUAAGCAGGAACGCCUGAGGAAGGUGUGCUCUGCUGUGCAGACUGUCUUCUCACAGUCUAACAGCUCCCUCUCCAGGGCAGCCAAACCAACAGUGCAUGUGCGAAUGACAGGGGAGCAGGGUCAGGAGUUCCUUACAUGCCACGUUCACGGUUUCUAUCCCAAUGUUAUCCGUGUCCAAUGGGCCCGCCAAGGAAAACCCAUCUACUAUGGCAUGUCAACCACUAGCAUAUUGCCUCACAAAGAGGGUACGUUCCAGAUGACCAGCUACCUGAGUCUUGGCAACGCAUUUGUCCAUGGAAUCACCUGUGACGUUGAACACAUAAGUAUUGAUGGGAAAUUAAGAGCAACUUUGGCACGGCAGCAAAUGCAUGUCAGCCUUGAAGAGAUUAAAUGCUGCGGGACUGCACGCUUUCCCACCCGCAGCGCUUCUGCACUGACGAUCGAGCCGCUCACGCUUCUAACGAAAAACCGCUUACACGACACGCUGGGCACGGGCGCUGGUCGAGAGACUUAA